AUGGCUGCACAACAACAAGAACUAGAUGAGAAGAACCCAUUCUAUGAGUUAGUUGUCAUUUGUAGUACUUCUGGUCAAUUUGACCAAACCGUCAAUUCGUUCAAAGAUAUUAUAAAGAAGUCUAAGUUAGUAUGUAUAAAAGACUCUGAGUUGUUAGAUUGGAUAAAGAAGUACCAAAGAAGAGUUUUGAAGUACAAUGCUAUAAAUGAGUAUAUAAAUUCGAAGUUUAAAGACCCAAAUGAGGAAAUGCAGAGAAUAUUAGAGAAGAAACACUUCAGAAACAAACAGAAAGAGAUAGAAUACAUUUCGAAGAAAUUGCAAUCUUACGAUUGGAAGACUUACCCUCAUAGAUGUCUUCUUAUCUUAGAUGAUUUCGCCUCUCAUCCUUUGUUAAAGAACAGAGAACAAGAUAUGUGUCGAAUUCUUAAGAAGCUCAGACACUUUAACAUCUCAGUUGUCAUUUGUGUACAGACAGCAAAGAGUUUAAGUAAGGAUGUAAAGAGAAUACUUACUGACAUACUUUUCCCUGGAUUGUCCGAAGACGAUUUCAUGGAACUUAUGAAAGAGUCCAUGGCAGGUAAGUUUGACAGACAUGAACUAUGGGAGAAGUAUAAAGUCAUACAAGACCCUCAUACUUCUUUCAGAAUUCAUAUCUACGCAAACAAAGUUCAAAUUGUAAAAAGUCAAGCUUGA